AACAUUGCCUAUCACUGUUAGCACGACGCAUUGUGUUCGCGACGCAUUUAUGUUCGCUUUCGCCAUAUAAAAUGAAAACAAAAGAUGAGAAGCCAUCGCCUUUGAAAACUGCACCGCGUAAAAUAAAGGGUGAGAAUUUUCCAGCCAGAAGGAUACCCGCAAAUGUUUUGAAACGCACGCUUGAGAUCGCCACCAGUCCCGAAGAUGGCUUUUGGGUGAACCAAAACCCAUCCUGUGCUCCUCCGGCCAGUAACGAGUUUUACUUCAGCGUUCGACGAUCCACUGCGUACGAGAAACUACGACUGGCCCGGGAUUGCCUUAUGCAGCGGGACUACAAGAACUUGGCAAAAAUACUGGCCUCCAAUCAUAUGGGAGAAACGCUGCUCCAAAGGGCGUCCUUUCAAAUAUUCACGGAAUACUCCAAGGUUCUUCAAAAGUGCCCAAAGUUCUACACGAAAAUGGAGCAGUUGCGAGUGGAGCCGACUCCUCCGACGAGACCCACAGAUGAAGACAUAGCAUUAGACGAUUCAUUAAAUGCUAUUCUAUCCUAGUUACCUUUUUUAAUAACGACGAAGUUAGGCAAGAAAUAUAAUAUAACUACCUCAUAAAAAAACGCAUAUUAAAUUGCCUAUUAAAACUGCGUCCAUCCCACUAAUAUAUAGUGACGUAUUUGGGUGGUCCAAACCAGCCACUUCCAUUAUUUCAAAGAAAUCAGUAAUGCACUCUAGUAAUUUUCCAUAACGUAUCCCAGCUGCGCAGCAUUCGUUUAUCUUUGGCAGCGCAGCCGUUCUUGUAAACAUCCUAAAGCCUGACCUAAGCAGAUUUGACUGCCCUCUUUCAACGCUACCUAAUCUUAAGAACCCAAGAGCGAGGCUCUCCCGAAAUACAAAUAUUGUUCAAAUACUGAGGCUUCUCCUCAAUCCAAUUUGCAUUUGAUUUUUAGUCUUAAGCUGAGAUCCAAAGAAUAAAGUCGUGAAACUAUUUCUCCU